CCCAACAUACCUGUUCAACAGAGCGUAUCAAGUAAUAAUAAGCGCUGUUUUGAAACUUUAGUCUCAGUUUUUGUUCAUAGCGCGAUUUUAGGCAAAUGUUUGAAGGCUGGGAUUUAAUUUUCAUGUUUAAAAUCUGAAAACCCCUUAUCCCAAUAUGCAGCAAAGAGCGCGGGUGCUUCUAGCGCCGUUGUGUGCACUUACGUUUUGUUUCAUCAGCGUCAAAGGGCUGGGAACAGUGCUACUUCCGGGAGACGUCUACAUCGAGUUUAUCGGCUCCGUGUACUCCGACAGCUCGUGUCGCGUACCGGUUGUGGAGGUGCUGCAAGCGAUCAACGCAAUCAAGUGGACGCUUGGGCGGCUGAACGACGUCAACUUCACCAACGGUUUGAAGCUGGGUCUGAGGGUGAGCCCGACGUGUCAGUCCGUAGAGAGGGCCACCCAGGUUACACACCAACUGAUUGUGGAGAUGGGAAACAACGACACAAUCGACGUCGUCGGUGUAAUCGGCUCCGACUUCAGUUCCGAGUCUGAAGCAAUCUCGCGCAUGCUCAGUCCGCUACCUGACCAGUAUCGUUUGCUGCAGGUCAGCUGGGGUGCCACGUCCGCCUCACUGCGCAACCGCGAGCUGUACCGGAACUUCUUCAGGACCAUCCCAGCAGACGAUAUUCAAGUUCAGGUAAUGCACGAGUUUCUCGUGGCGGCUCGCUGGACGAUGCUCACGGUGAUCUACAUGAACGACACGUACGGACGUGGCGGCUUCUGGGAGCUAUCGGAGAGACUCGUCGGCUCCGAUAUAUGUGUGGUUGGCAGCGUUGCAAUAGAGCCCGAGAAAUACAAUGUCACCGUGCUAGAAGAUGUAGUGAGGAACGAGGUAUACAAGAUCAAUGAUACAAGGGACGAGCCGCCCGUAAGCGGUAUUAUAGUGUUCGGAAGCUAUCAAAUUGUUGAGGCUUUGUUCCAAGCAAUACAAAAUCUGGAAAACGACAACAAAUCUGCUCACUUCAACAGGCCCAGUUUAAUUCUUUCGGAAACCGGGACAUAUUUUGAAGGCAAAUUUCCUAAUGUUUCGAAAGGCGCGUUUGUGUUAAGCCCCCCUCGGCGAAUAAUUUCAGAGUUUCAAACCCACUGGAAGAACAGUCUUACAAUAUCGCAGACACUGAAAGCAGAAGCCAACGCGAAUCGAUAUUUCAAAGAAAUGUUCGAAGGUCUCAUGAACUGUCAGUUUUUCAAUGAGGUGCAAGCGAACUAUUGCCGCCCAAUGGCGCCAGAGGAACAGACCAUGCACGCCGCGCAGUCAAUGUACACGCAAUACGCCAUUCAGUCCGCUCUUGUAACAGCGUUUUCCGUCAAGCGCGUUCACUCGGCGGCGUGCCUGACCGGCGGGGCCUGUGAUGCGUUCAAACUCGCGAAUAUGACCAAACGGUCCGCCUUUAUAGAUGCUAUUCAAAACCAGAACAUCACCUUUGAUCGUGACUUUGGUGGUUUACGCCUGCAGGAGUUUCAGAGCCAGCACCUGCUGACCGCGCUGACCGUGCGGUUCGAGGGUUCCUCCGACGUGAAGUUCGUACCCAGCAACAUGUUCCCCGAGUAUGAGCUCUACAACCACCGACUGGAUUCCCAGCGGUGUGCCCAGAAAGAUGCCCCUUGCCUCAUCAAGGUUGCCACGUAUAGUAAGCUGACCUCCCUGGACAAGUCCCUGCUGUCAGACAUUCGUGACUAUGAAGAUAACAACACUGUGCUGACUUGGCCCAAUAUCCGGAAGUCACAGUGUACGGAUGGCUACCGAUCAGAUUUCUGUCUGAGUCAAAGGUCGGACCCGUCCGUUCUUUAUCACAAGGGUGACAUGUACAUCGUUGGGAUUGUCCCCGUGCACAAUUCGGGCACCACGCCUCUAAAAUGCGGUGAUAUUAAAAGAGGCGGCCUGGACAUUGUUGAAGCGAUCCGAUAUGGAAUAUCGACUCGAAGCGGCGCGUUUGGUGGUGCCAAGAUCGGAGUUAUCCUGGUUGAUAGCUGCAACGAUCCACAAAUUAUACAGGAGAAGAUUCUGACGCUGCACAGACUGGGAGUUUACGUCGACGGGAAGUAUGAGCCGGUGGCCGAAAAGAUCCUGGGAUAUGUAGGGGGCUGGGGCAGUGACGUAAGCACGGCUGCCGCCAAGAUCACCAGCCGACUGGGUCUCGUACAGAUAAGCUACGCCUCCACGGCACCGUCGCUUAGCGAUCGCGACGUAUAUCCGUACUUCCUGCGCGUCCCAAGCGCCGACGACUACCAAGCAGCGACGCUACUCAAGAUCGUGAAGGCGCUCGGGGGCAGUACUAUCCAGGUCAUAUACAGUGAGACGAUCUAUGGCGAGGGUGGAAGGAGUCUUAUACAGACACUCGCGGCGAAGCCGGAUUACAACCUCUGUAUCGGCAACGAGAUUGGCGUGUCCAAGAAUACCAACCUGACAUCCAUCGUGGAGUCGCUCCGUAAGUCUAAGGAAUCGCAAAUAGUCGUCGCUUUCAUCGGAUCGUUCGAGCUGGAGUAUAUUAUCGGCUACUUGAACUUGAAAUUGGCUCUUUACGAGUUCCUCUUCAUCGCGUCCGAAGGUUGGGGGUUGCGUAGUGACAUGUCCAGGUACCGGAACCUCCAGGGCACGAUAACAGUGGCCUCUCGCCUUUGGUGGACCACUGAUGGGUUCGAGUCCCACCUAAAGGCACUGCGGCCCGACAACAAGGAGAAUCCAUGGUUCCGACCCUACCUGGAGAUGAUCUAUGGCUGUUACCUUGAGAGCAGCUUUGACAAAUCUUUUAAUAGGAAAUGCAACGGCACUGAGAAUCUGGAUGGAGCUAAAGGCGUGUUCAGUAUCGACUCAUGGGCGCCGUUCGCUGAACGAGCCGUGUCCGUGCUGUUAAAGGGGGCGGCGUCCACCCUGCAGAAAGUGUGCGGCUCCACUCUGUCUGUCUGUCCGGAGUACUACAAUUCCACCGGCGUGCUGCUUACGGAAGUGAAGCUGCAAAAGGAGCUGGCGGAGCCCCUGGACACCACCCCGCGGCGCGUCUUCACCGCCAACGGCGACGGCACGAUAGGCUACCGGAUAUACGCCAUAGACGUCAAUGGGAAAGCCAAUAAGCUGGGUACCAGUGACAUUCUCAAUGACAGUCUCGCGUUCCACUUUCCGGUUGAGCAGUACUACAUCUACCGACCUUCUACUUCCAUAACAACAAAAUGUACCGACGGCGUCGUCUGUCGGAAGUGCUACCCGCAACCCACCUCGCCGCCCGGGAGUGGACAGACGGCGUUUCCAGGGGGCGCUGUGGCAGCCAUCGUGGCGCUGGCGGUUUUCGCGUGCGUCCUCCUCGUGGUUCUUCUAUGCAUCUGCAAGCGGACCGGAUGUCGUUUGAGAUGUGAUGCCUUAAACCCACCAUUAGAUGACACAUACCAGACCGCACCCUUGGACAACACGUACCUGACGGCGAUAUACGCACAGCAGCGGCAACAGCAUGGCGUAGACGGAAGUGAAACGCCGACCACAGUAAUCAAGACAACUGACGACUACCACCUCCUGCAUGACAAACGGGUUCCGAUGGAGCGGCCUGCUGGUUCGUUUCCAGGGGGCGAUAAUAUCCAAUGCGUCGCGGUGUUGCCAGGGAACGAAAAUGUGGCGUCAGUGGUGCCGUGUGUCGGCACUUUAAAUUCAAGGCAAUCGGACAACAACUUGCAGGCUCCGCUAGCACACGAUUUAGGCGCUUUUAAGACGUCAAGUAAACAUGCAACGCUGUCAAAAUCUGACCUGACAGCACCGAUCCAUAGCAACAUUCCAGCCCUUGAACAGCAGGACGCGUAACGUGAUGCCGUGGACACCGUGACGGGGCUUUAAUAAACACAUGUGAAUUCCGUGGAAAAUUGCACUUAUGGCGGUUAUAUAUUUCAUUAUUGAUCAUAUAAGAUAACCAUUUUAUCAGAACACAUGAUAAAAUUAGCAAAAAUGUGUAAUAAUGAAUGUCUAUGCUUAGUUGUUUAAUAAGAAAUCCAUAAUACUGUGCUAAUUGGCUUCGUUUUAAUAGGUGACUGUAUUCCCGGGGGCCUUUUUAAAAAUCGUAUUACUAAAAAUCAACAGCCGGAAGCCGAAGACGCGGGUUUUUGUGAGCAACAAUAGAGCUUAAUUGGUAAAAAUAGUUGAAAUCUGCCACUCGGUUGCAAAGGGACGGGCUUCUCAAACCGGAGUCUGUGACGCCCCAAAUUUACCCAACGUUGGUGACAUUCUUGUUUGAAGUGUGUGUGUUGGUCGCUUAGCAAUGAUUGAGGAAUUUUAAACACACAUAAGUCUAAGUUGUUUUAACAGAGGUCUACGCAACUGACAGAAAAAAGUUGCUCAAUGGCCGAUAAGGUAUCGAAAAAUCUUUCAGAUUUGAAUUGUUACUGUUGUGUUUUUUUUGUGUUUUUAUUAAGAGCUGUAUUUGAAAAAAAAUGCUACGGAUCGGAACUUGUGUUAUUAUACGUUACAAUAAGGUCACAACGAUAUGUUUUGUAUAGGUGUUGCAUGUAAUUAAAAUGUAUUUUUAAGAAGUCAGUGCUCGACGCGGUACACGCCAAACGGUACAUUUUUUUGUACGUUGAAGAUUUUAUAUCUACUAAUAAUGGCGUUAUUUAUUGUUUACGCAUCCAUCUGUGAUAAUGAUUUCAGAAGUUGAUAUUCAAAUUUUGUAAUUAAAAACCCAUUUUGCAAUUUUUAAUCUGACGAACAUUAUACGUGUUCAUCUUUUCAUAAUAGUUUUUAGUAU